UAUAUAAUCUGUUUAAAAGUGGAGUAUCAUUUUAUGGCCAAAAUGGGAAAGCUCACCCCUGAGGAGGAGGCACGCAAUAAGAUGUUGAUGCGCGAACGCGAUCGUGAACGAAAGCGCAUGAAGCGUCUCAACCCCGAGUACCGACGCAUGGAACAGGAACGCGAUCGUGAUAGAAAAAAGGCACGGCGCGCCAACGAGGCCUUUCGACAGUUGGAGAAAUUACGUGAUAAGAUACGUAAAGAGCGCAAAAAGGGUAUCAUCAGCGAAGAGUCGCUGCAGGUCGAAUUUGCGAAUGUACCACCAGUGCCUGUUGAACCGGAGAUUAUCAUUUCGGAUCCGUUGCCCCCCGAUGCCGGCGCUCCCACCCAAAAUAGCAGUCGUCAACGUGUCAACGUUGGGGUGAGCACACCUAGCCAUAAUGCCAGCCAUACGUCGUCAACUAACGGUCUUGCUAACACAACAACCGCAGCGCUUAGUGCAGCGGCGGUGUCAAGUGCCUCAGCGGUGAGUGGUAAUAUACACCAACAGCCACCGGUUACGCGCAUGACGCAACUGAAUAAAGGUCUACUCUAUCCACCACCGAAUUUCGCACACCACCCACUACCAAUAGCUGGUGUAUCGCUAAUGCCACAAUUAUGCCAUCCGAUUUUACAUCAAAACCUAGGCGCUUCAUUGUAUCCCACCAAUGGCAUUAAACAGGAAUACCAUCCGAUCAAACAGGAAUAUAAUGCGGAAACUUCGGCCAGAUCAACGCCUGUUACCGCGAACUCUCAGUUGCCACGCGCCCCGCGACCGACCAACGUGGCUGAAGAUCGUGAUUUAGCAAUAAUUGAACCAGAAAUUAUUUUACACACUUCCACCGAUAUAAUUGCUGCGCCACACCACUUCCAGAAUGCUCAUGCGCACGCCCAUCAUUUGCAUCAACAACAGUGCAGUAUGUUCCAGCACAUGGCGCCGCAGGCACACAUGUCACAGAUGCGCACGCAUGCCCCGCUACCACCGCCACUGCCAGCCACACAUGCGCACCAUCAGCAGCAACAACAAAUGCAACACUAUGCGGCCAACAAAGGCUCUUAGUACCGUAGGCGACAGCAGCAGAAGCGUGGCGUUGCGAAUUUAAGCUAAAAGCAAGCAAAAUCCUUCAAAUGCAAUCGUUUUAUAAACAACUUUUUUACUUGCAAUUAGCCUUAGGAUUAAGUAUUCUUUAUUGUUGUUCAGCAGGCGCUGCCGAUAAAUUGAUAUUUUCAUAUUCACAUAACCUCAAAAUUACAUUAACUCACAUUUCAUUACGAUGAAUUGAAUUCACUAAUUCGCUGAUUCGCAUACACAUUAACCGUUUUCACGAGGGAGAGAAUAUGUUUAAGAAUGAUAUUGUUGAUUUCGAAAAUCGUAUUUAAGGGUAAAGUUUUAAUAUUUUAUGUAUUAAAGAGAAAACGCUUUAGUGCUUAAAACAUUUAAAUGCAAUAUGCGACGCAUCAUUUUACAUAUAAUUUGUUUUAUAACCUUCAAUUGUAAGUUAAAGCUUAGUUUAUAAGUGUUUCAUUAUAAUAAUAUUGUAUCCUAAAAUCCGAAAAAAUCUAUCCAUCGGAUAAAUAUUCUAAAAUUAUCCGAAGAAUUAUUUUGACGAAAAUAAAUAUAAACUCGCCAAAAGUCGAGUUAUCAUUACUAAAAUAAAUCUGAAUUUAAACAAA